GGGGGGGGGGGGGGGGGGGUGAUUUCAGAAAAGCAAGGCUGUCAACGGCGCGGUUCGUUCAAACAUCCAGGCCUCGCAACUCGGUUUUUCUUCUGUUCGGGCCCGGCCGCCAACUUCCAUGACUCUCUGGUUGACAAGACGAUGCGCGCGCCCUGAGCAGGCACAUGCCAGGGUGAAUCACUCGAGAGGGGUGUGGGUUUGGGGAGGUAGACCGAGGAAGCAGAGGCCAAAGGGACCUGGGGGUCCAGCGUGAGGUGAGAGGAAGAGGAAGGUCAUUGUGCGGGCCGAGCAAAAGAUAUGCUGGAUGCCAUGGUUCAUCGAGUGCGCCUCACGACUCGUGAUGCUGCCGCCUGUAUCAUCACUCAAGGCCUCAUUGCGCAGGAUUAGACUCAUACGAAGAUCCGUAAUGACUUACAUACGUACAAGGACGCUAGCAAACCUAUCUAUCUAUGGAACAGGCGCAAUCUCCUGGGUCCUUCUUUUCCCUCGUCGCGUCCGGUUCUUGCGCGAGCUACGGCGACAGAAACAGCGAGGGCACAAGGUUGAUGGACGGAGACAGCGGUGCCAGUCAAUCGGCCGAGAACUAAGCCAAGUAACGAUCACGAGGAGACGCCAGGGAAGAGGGCGGCAGAGAAACAUAAAACCGCACAAUGCAUAUGGCCCCGCCGUCCGCGUAGGUCGAGGUGCCGUGUCCGGAAUCCCACGAACCAGUCGCAUUGCAUUUUUGGCAUCGUGCUGCCGCAUUCCUGCCAAUGUACCUGGCAAUUGUGCGUGGGAUACCUAUCCGAGACGGCAAUGGUCGGGUUUUUUUCUUUUCUUUUUCCUUUCUUCCCCCUGCCCCUCGCCUCUUUCACAUACCGGUAUUCCUCUCUCGAGCCUCUCGGGUGUCGAGAUUGGCGGUGCUCGGAUACCUCGCUACCCUACUUCUAAACAAAAGAGGGAAGAAAGGGUUCCCCAGGAAACGUGAGAAACAGAGGCAACCUGUCUCAUCAAACAGACAAAUGGAGAGACACGCAAUCCGAGCUACCGCGCCCCAGGAUGCAUAGUAAACAAAUGUCAAUAUUUGACACACGGAAGGAAGCGAAGCGAGGCGAAGCGAUUUGGAAAAGAAGAAAAAAAGAAGAAGAAGAAAAAGAAAAAAAUGAGCCUUGAACAGAAACGACAAUC